AUGCUGCUACGAAGCGCCCACCUCAAGGCUGCGUUCGCUGCAGCUCUCCUUCCGUUCCUGCUCGCCGGCGUGAUCAUCGUUUGCACGGCGGACAGCGUGCACGCAGCCGCGGCUGACACCCCCAUGACCGAAUCCCCGUCGGCGGGCAGCACUUCCUGGCUUCUCGCCUCGGCUAGGAUGCUGGGCAAAGUCGCCGUGUUCGGGGGCAAGGCCCUCGUCGGGCUGUACGCCGUCGCCGCCGGCGCGAUGUUCGUCUUCCAGCGCAAGCUGCUGUUCAUCCCCGAGCCAGCCUGGAGCGACGACAUCCUCCGCCGGUACUUCGGCGACCUCUCGUUCGAGGGCCUCGAAGACGUCAAAGUCCACACGCAGGACGGCAAGACCCUCCGCUGCGACUACUGGCCCGCCCCGGCCACCCCGCGCGGCCCCCGCAACGCGGCCCUCUCGGGCGUCACGCUCCUCAUGUUCCACGGCAACGCCGGCAACCGCCAGCUCCGCCGCCCCUGGGUCCGAGAGCUCCGUUCCAUCCUCGGCUGCGGCAUCAUGAUGGUAGACUACCGCGGGUACGGCGGCAGCGAGGGCUCGCCGUCGCAGGCGGGCUUCUGCGCGGACGCGCGCGCGGCCGUGAAGUGGCUCCGCGCCCGGCUCGCCGACGACGCCCGAAAGGGGCUCGUGGCGCCGUCGCACAAGGUCGUGUACUACGGCGAGUCGAUCGGGACGGGGGUGUCGACGUACCUGGCGUCGGUCGACGCGCCCGACGGCGUGAUCCUGCACGCGCCGUUCUCGUCGGCGGUCGACGCGGCGGCGACGCUGAAGCCGAUGCAAGUGUUUCCGAUAAGGCUGUUGAUGCGCGAUCGGUUCCCGAGCACGACGUGGUGCAAGAAGUGGCCGAAGGAGAUGCCGUCGCUCAUCCUGCACGGCACCGCGGACGACCUCGUGCCGUUGCGCCUCGGACGGAAGCUGUUUGAUGCCAUCCCGGCGGAGAAGGGAAUCAAGGCGAUGGUGGAGAUCGAGGGCGCAGGGCACAACGACGUGCCGGACUUCGGGCUGCAGUACUACCAGCCGAUCAUCCACUUCCUGUCGGAGAAGGUCGUUGGGCGCGGGUGA